UCUGAAAUGAGAAUUAUGACAUGGUGUUAACAGAGUGAAGUGGAUUUGUCAAAAGUCUUCCCCAAAUUCCACACUCCAUCCCAAUCUUCAUUCAUUCCAAAUCAAAACCCUUUGCAGAAUUCUCUGCUUCACGAAUCCAUCCAUGGCUUCCCAUCUCAACCUCUCACCAUUCACAUUCUUCACUCUAACCACCAUCAUCUUCUCCCUCUUCUUCUCCACCAACUCAACCGAUGACCGAACCACCGAGCUUCUAUCCCUUCAAUCAAGAUCCACUUCCGGAAUAAUCCACCUCAACGACCAAUCCAUCGCUCGCUACAUCACCUCCGUCAAAACCCCAAGACCCUACUCCUUUCUCAUCUUCUUCGACGCCGCCCAACUCCGCGACAAAUCCGAACUCCGCCUCACCGAGCUUCACAAAGAAUUCUCCAUCGUCGCUUCUUCCUUCAUCACCAACAACGCCAACCAUUCCUCUCUUACAAAACUCUUCUUCUGCGACAUCGAAUUCAAAGAGUCGCAACUCACUUUCUCACAAUUCGGCGUCAAUGCCCUCCCUCACAUCCGUCUGGUGAGUCCUAAUCACGGACUCAAGGACUCCGAACACAUGGAUCAGGGAGAUUACUCUCGCCUCGCCGAAUCCAUGGCUGAAUUCGUCGAAGCGAAGACUAAAUUAACCGUUGGGACAAUUCAUCGUCCGCCGCUUCUCUCGAGAAACAAAAUCAUCCUCAUUGUUGUUGGAUUCUUGAUCUGGUUAUCUUAUUUCGUUAAGAAGCUUCUUACUGGUGAAACUUUGUUGCAUGACCCUAGGGUUUGGUUGGCGGGUUCUGUUUUUGUUUACUUUUUCAGUGUUUCGGGUGCUAUGCAUAAUAUUAUCAGGAAAAUGCCGAUGUUUCUUGUGGAUCGUAACGAUCCUUCGAAGCUUGUGUUUUUCUAUCAGGGAUCUGGAAUGCAGCUUGGUGCGGAGGGUUUUACUGUUGGAUUCUUGUAUACGCUUGUGGGUUUGCUUUUGGCGUUUAUGAGCCAUGGGCUUGUUAAGGUCAAGAGUGUUAAGGUGCAGAGGGUGGUUAUGAUUUUCGCGUUGUUGGUUUGUUUUUUGGCUGUGAAACAGGUUGUGUUUUUGGAUAAUUGGAAGACUGGAUAUGGGAUUCAUGGAUAUUGGCCCUCUAACUGGAACUUUUGAGGUUUGGCGCGGAUUAAUUUACAUCUUUUCCUCUAAAAUUCGAGAAUUUUGGGUAUGUAAAACUAUGCAUUUCUUUCUGAAAUCUGAAAACUUACUGAGAAUGAUGUCUUAUAUUAUGUUAGAACUUUAAUGUAGCUUGUCAUUGCCCUGUCGUGGCAAUGGCUCAGAUUUGAGCUAGAAUUUGAGUAUGAAAAAAAAAUUAUAAUCC